AUGAGGACUUUUGCUGGUGCUUUACGCCUGAGGAGAAGCGGACAGGCUUUUCUUUUGCAUCAGCUGUACAGGAGAAGGGGUUGCUGGGCACAAGUACGGCAACAAAGGCAGAGCAGCCGCUCUUGUGAGGUCACGGCAGCGGUGCCACGUCACAGAGCUGUCAGCACAGCGCCGUCCCGGGGCGCGCGGGGCCUCGCUGUCCAGAGCGGCUCUUGCGCUCGCUGGCUGCGGGAGGAUCCUUGUGAUCAAGGAGUUCUCAGCAGACGGCCUGCACCCCGAGAGGAGUCUCGCUUUUUCCCUCGGCUCCACAGACGCCCUGCACGUCAGCGUGCCGCCCGGCAGCCCCAGAGGAGAGAGGAGCAGAGCCUGAAGAGCCUGAGGGGCAUUGUGAGUCUGGGCCAGCCGACGCAGAGGUACACGGCAUUUGAAGAACUUGGACGAGGGGGAUUUGGAGCUGUUUAUAAAGCCCUCGAUGCCAGCACAGGACAACAGGUGGCCAUCAAGAAAAUUCACCUUUAUGGGAAGAGAUCCGAGGAGCUGGCUGUCAAUGAAAUCCUGGCCAUGAGGGACAACAGGAAUGCCAAUAUUGUCACCUACUUAGACAGCUACCUGGUCCAUGGGGAACUCUGGCUGGCCAUGGAGUUGAUGGACGGCGGCACGUUGUCAGAUGUGCUCAGGGCAGUGUACCUGGAGGAAGGACAGGUCGGCGCUGUCUGUCGGGAGUGCCUACAAGGACUGCAUUUCCUUCAUUCCCGCCAAGUCAUCCACAGAGACAUCAAAAGCGCCAACGUUCUUGUGGGCAUGGACGGAUCAGUCAAACUGACUGACUUUGGCCUCUGCGCUCAGCUCAGCCCUGAGCGCAGCAAGCGCAGCUCCAGGGUGGGCACUCCCGGCUGGAUGGCACCAGAAGUGGUGAGAGGAGAAGCCUACGGCCCCAAAGUGGACAUCUGGUCGCUGGGGAUCAUGGGGCUGGAAAUGGUGCAAGGGGAAGCUCCUUUCCAGAGGGAAGCCCGUCUGAGGGUUGGUGAACUGAUAGAAAGGAACGGGCCCCCACAACUGCAGAACCCCCGGCACCACUCGGCUCUCCUGCGCCUCUUCCUGAGCUGCUGCCUGCAGGCAGACGAGGACGGGCGCUGGUCUGCCCAGGAACUGCUGGAGCAUCCCUUUGUGACUUCAGGCCAUCCUGCCUCCAGCCUGGCCGCUCUGAUCACCUCAGCCAAGCAAGUGCGGGAAGAGCGGAGAAGAGACGUGCCCCACCAGCUGAGAGGAGUCUCUACAGGAGAAGGGGUUGCUGGGCACAAGUACGGCAACAAAGGCAGAGCAGCCGCUCUUGUGAGGUCACGGCAGCGGUGCCACGUCACAGAGCUGUCAGCACAGCGCCGUCCCGGGGCGCGCGGGGCCUCGCUGUCCAGAGCGGCUCUUGCGCUCGCUGGCUGCGGGAGGAUCCUUGUGAUCAAGGAGUUCUCAGCAGACGGCCUGCACCCCGAGAGGAGUCUCGCUUUUUCCCUCGGGUGA